AUGUGGUUGUUUGCUAGUACAACAUGCGGAAAUAUCUUAUCGCGUAUUGACAGCUAUACGGGCUCUGUCUUGUUGAGCGCUACCAUAGUAUUGGAUAUCAUCAGUGUUACUAAACUUAAGGGAAAUCAGUGUUAUUCAACCAGUGCCCCAUACGUUUUCGAAGAAAUUUUUCGAAACUUCGCUGGUUUUAUUAAAAUCUUUGAUAACUAUAAGAACGACACUGCAAUUGAUACGAGAUUUGACUGA